GUCAAGGAGAUAACCGCAAAAAUUCCCACGUUUUUUUGGGAUUGGGGGGAACAUUCUGGCUUGUUUUAGGGAUGGGGGAAACAUCCUGGAUUUUUUUGGGGAUGGGGGAAACAUCCCAGUUUUGUUGGGAUGGAAAAAAACAUCCUGGCUUUCUUGGGGCUCGGGGAAAACAUCUCAGCUUUUGUUGGACUGGGGGAAACAUUCCAGACUUUUUAGGGAUGGAGGAAACAUCCUGGCUUUUGUUGGGAUGGGGGAAAGAUCCCGUUUUUUUGGGGGAUGGGGGAAACAUCCCAGAUUUUUUAGGGAUGGAAGAAACAUCCUGGAUUUUUUGGGGAUGAGGGAAACAUCCCAGCUUUUGUUGGGAUGGGAGAAACAUCCUGAAUUUUUUGUGAAUGGGGGGAAACAUCCCAGUUUUUUUGGGAUGGGGGAAACAUCCUGGAUUUUUUGUGGAUGGGAGAAACAUUCCAGCUUGUUUUAAGAAUGGGGGGAACAUCCUGGAUUUUUUGGGAUGGGGGAACAUCCUGGACUUUUUAGGGAUGGGGUGAAACAUCCUGGAUUUUUUGAGGAUGGGGGAACAUCCCAGCUUUUGUUGGGAUGGGGAAAACAUCCCAGAUUUUUUGGGAAUGGGGAAACAUCCCGACUUUUGUUGGGAUGGGGGAAAGAUCCCGUUUUUUUGGGGGAUGGGGGAAACAUUCCAGAUUUUUUAGGGAUGGAAGAAACAUCCUGGAUUUUUUGGGGAUGAGGGAAACAUCCCAGCUUUUGUUGGGAUGGGAGAAACAUCCCGAAUUUUUUGUGAAUGGGGGGAAACAUCCCAGUUUUUUUGGGAUGGGGGAAACAUCCUGGAUUUUUUGGGAUGGGAGAAACAUUCCAGCUUGUUUUAAGAAUGGGGGGAACAUCCUGGAUUUUUUGAGGAUGGGGGAAACAUCCCAGAUUUUUUGGGAAUGGGGAAACAUCCCGACUUCUGUUGGGAUGGGGGAAAGAUCCCGUUUUUUUGGGGGAUGGGGGAAACAUUCCAGAUUUUUUAGGGAUGGAAGAAACAUCCUGGAUUUUUUGGGGAUGAGGGAAACAUCCCAGCUUUUGUUGGGAUGGGGGAAACAUCCCAGAUUUUUUGGGGCUGGGGGAAACAUUCCGUAUUUUUUGGGGAUGGGAAAACAUUCCAUAUUUUUUAGGGAUGGGGAAAACAUUCCAAGAGAGGGAGAGCUCGGAGCAGGCUGCAGCUUCCUCAGGAGGGGAAGCAGGGCAGGAAUACAGGGAAUGGCUGGAGAUGUGCAGGGAGGGAUUUUAGGAAAAGUUGGGAUUUUAGGAAAAAGUUGGGAUUUUAGGAAAAAGUUGGAUUUUAGAAAGAGGCAGGAUUUCAGGAAAAGCAGGAUUUUUAAAAAAGGUGGAAUUUUAGGAAAAAUUUGGAUUUUCGGAAAAAUUUGGAUUUUAGGAAAAGUUUGGAUUUUAGGAAAAUGCAGGAUUUUAGGAAAAGGUUGGAAUUUAAGAAAAGGUGAGAUUUCAGGAAAAAGCUGGAUUUUAGGAUGAAGGUGGAUUUUAGGAAAAAUUUGGAUUUCAAGAAAAGGCAGGAUUUUAGGAAACGGCUGGAAUUUAGGAAAAGGCAGGAUUUUAGGAAGAAGUGGGAUUUUAUAAAAAGACAGGAUUUUAGGAAGAGGAAGGAUUUCAGGAAAAGACUGGAUUUUAGGAUGAGGGUGGAUUUUAGGAAAAAUUUGGAUUUUAGGAAAAGGCAGGGUUUUAGGAAAAGUCUGAAUUGCAGGAAAAUGCUGGAUUUUAGGAAAAAGCAUGAUUUCAGGAAAAAGCAUGAUUUUAGGAAGAGACAGGAUUUUAGGAAAAAGUGGGAUUUUAGGAAAAGGCUGGAUUUUAGGAUGAAGCUGGAUUUUAGAAAAAUUUGGAUUUUAGGAAAAGGCUGGAUUUUAGGAAAAGGCAGGAUUUCAGGAAGAGGCAGAAUUUCAGGAAAAGGCUGGGUUUUAGGAAAAGGCAAGAUUUUAGGAAGAAGUGUGAUUUUAGGAAAAAAAAUGGA